CUUCAAGUACAGCUUCUCCGUGUUUAAGAUUGACGCUUCGGGAUCGGCUAUUGUCUUCUUGCAUAAUCCAGGCCCAACCGUUAAGAACGCUUAAAUCGAUUGCAAGAUGCUCGCUCGGUUGGGGCGAUUGGCCCGGGCUUCCAGCGGAAACAGCUUACUCCAGCAGGCGCGCUGCUACAACACCUACCUCCCAUCACCAGGGGAUGCAGAAGCACAUGUGGUCACGCUGAUCCCCGGCGACGGUAUCGGCCCCGAGGUCACCAAGAGUGUGGUGGAUGUGGUGGCGGCCAUGGGGGCACCCAUCACAUGGGAGAGGUUCGACUACCUGUCGGGGUCCGAGGAGACGCACGUGGGCAAGGUGCCGCGCACCUCGGUGCCCAAGGAGGUGCUUGACUCCAUUCGGAGGAACGGGGUGUGCCUCAAGGGAACCCUCUUCACGCCCCUGCUGAAGCACAACACCAACACGCAAUCCCUCAACGUGCAACUCAGGAAGGACCUGGACCUGCACGUCAACGUUGUUCACGGCUGUUCCAUUCCCGGCAUCCCCACCCGCCACAACAAUGUGGACAUUGUGGUGAUCCGCGAGAACACGGAGGGGGAGUACAGCGGACUAGAGCACGAGGUGAUUGACGGGGUUGUUGAGAGCCUGAAGGUCAUCACCUUCGCCAAGUCGCACCGCACGGCGCGCUACGCAUUCGAGUUCGCCUACCUGAACCACCGCAAGAAGGUGACGGCGGUGCACAAGGCGAACAUCAUGAAGCAGGGCGACGGCACCUUCCUGAGGGCGUGUCGCGAGGUGGCCAGGCAGUUCCCCAAGAUCCAGUACGAGGAGGUGAUCGUGGACAACACGUGCAUGCAGCUGGUCACACGCCCCCAACAGUUCGACGUCAUGGUGACGCCCAACCUGUACGGCAACCUGGUUUCCAAUGUGGUGGCGGGGCUGUGCGGGGGUUUCGGAGUGGUGCCGGGGGGCAACAUCGGGGAUGGGGUGGCGGUGUUUGAGCAGGGCGCUCGCCACGUGGCCAAGGACCUGGCGGGUCAGGGUGUCGCCAACCCCACCGCCACUCUGCUCAGCACUGCCAUGCUGCUGAGACACAUCAAGCUGGGCGGGUUCGCGGACAGGCUGGAGGCGGCGGUGCUGCAGGUCUACAUGGACGGCGACCGUUCCGAGCUCACCCCCGAUGUGGGCGGCAGCGGCAGCCUGCUGCGCUUCACGGAGGCGGUGGUGCGCAACCUGGAGCAGC